AGUAUAGGCCUUGAGGCUCAGCAAGUCCUUUCAGAGAAAUAUUUGAAAUAAAAGACAACAGAUAGGGGACGCAGCGAAGGGAGAGAGAGGCAGAAGGGCCAAUAGCCUCAGACAAGGGAAUCGGUACAAUCUGGCCCGUGUUUGCUGAUGAUAAUGCGCCUUUCCAAAGCCCUAAUAGACAUGGAGAUGGCAGAUUAUAGCGCGGCACUAGACCCGGCGUAUACCACUCUGGAGUUUGAGAACAUGCAGGUGCUGGCCAUGGGCAACGCAGACACAUCUCCAUCAGAAGCAGCCAACCUCAACACUUCCAAUAGCAUCGGGGUGAGCGCGCUGUGUGCCAUCUGCGGGGACCGUGCCACGGGGAAGCAUUACGGGGCUUCCAGCUGUGAUGGCUGCAAAGGCUUCUUCAGGAGGAGCGUGCGGAAGAAUCACAUGUACUCCUGCAGGUUUAACAGACAAUGUGUGGUAGACAAAGACAAGAGAAACCAGUGCCGAUACUGCAGGCUUAAGAAAUGCUUCCGAGCGGGAAUGAAGAAGGAAGCCGUACAAAAUGAACGGGACCGAAUCAGCACCCGGAGAUCAAGUUAUGAAGACAGCAGCUUGCCCUCCAUCAAUGUCUUACUGCAUGCAGAAGUCCUGGCACAACAGAUAUCAUCCUCAGUUCCUGUGAUCAAUGGAGAUAUCCGAGGGAAGAAGAUUGCCAACAUCUCUGAUGUGUGCGAGUCCAUGAAGCAGCAGCUGCUGGUUCUGGUGGAGUGGGCCAAGUACAUCCCUGCCUUCUGUGAGCUGCCCCUGGAUGACCAGGCAACCCUGCUGCGAGCACAUGCAGGAGAACAUCUGUUACUGGGAGCUGCCAAGAGGUCCAUGGUGUUCAAGGAUGUCCUGCUCCUAGGAAAUGACCACAUCAUCCCACGGAACUGCCCCGAACUGGUGGAGGUGAACCGUGUGGCUAUCCGCAUCCUGGACGAGCUGGUCCUCCCCUUCCAGGAGCUGCAGAUAGAUGAUAAUGAAUAUGCCUGCUUGAAAGCCAUCAUCUUCUUUGACCCAGAUGCCAAAGGACUGAGUGACCCCUCCAAGAUCAAACGGCUGCGGUACCAGGUGCAGGUCAGCCUGGAGGACUACAUCAAUGACCGGCAAUACGACUCACGGGGCCGCUUUGGGGAGCUGCUGCUGCUGCUGCCAGUGCUGCAGAGCAUCACUUGGCAGAUGAUAGAGCAGAUCCAGUUUGUCAAGCUCUUCGGCAUGGCUAAGAUUGACAACCUGCUUCAGGAGAUGCUGCUGGGAGGCUCAUCAAGUGAAACGCCACACGCUCACCACCCCCUGCACCCUCAUCUGAUCCAAGAGAACCUGGGAACAAACGUCAUUGUGGCCAACACAAUGCCUCCUCAGAUGCACAAUGGGCAGAUUUCUACUCCAGAAACUCCACAGCCAUCUCCACCUGCAGGCUCAGGACCAGAGCAAUACAAACUGCUGCCCGGAGCCAUUGCAACCGUGGCAAAACAGCCCACCUCCAUCCCACAACCUACUAUCACAAAACAGGAGGUCAUCUAGCAAUCUGCAGACCAGUUGGCCUCGUUUAGAAGACCAUAUGGGAGAAAAGCCCAAACUGACUCUGUCACUGUGAAAAGUGAAACCAUCCAGAGGUCACUGGGCACAAACACACAGACUUGUUUAUUGGACUAGUCCACCACCAGCAAAAGCUGUCUUCCUGCAGCUACGGACAGCAUGUGUCUUGGGCAGCCCCAAGUCUCACAACUAAGGUUGAAGCCUUACUGAAACCCCCCAUCCCUGUAAGAAAGGCCAGAUUUCUGCCUCCCUCUGUGGGGGAGGCUGUGUGACUGGCUGGGGACAGUGCAGCUGGCCAUUCCCCCGCUGCCACCUCUCAGCGCUGGUUCAGCACACACCAGUCCCUGCCGAGAAGAAAUUCUCUGCGCUGUGUGAAUGGAGGGCUUCCCACUUGCAGCCAUGCUAGCUCCCCAGAGAGGCCUCUGUCCAGUCAAACUUCAUGGAGAUGGCAGCAAACCCCAGGAGCAUUGCAGCAAGUUUUGCCCAGGCAGAACUGCUUCUCAGCCUUGGCAAGUCCCAGGUCUGUCUUUGCGUGGUGUCACACUCCAGCACACUAACCCCCCCCAGCCAGGUCUAAGAUAUGUUCUCAGCUGAAACUAGGACAAAGUCUGGCCCACCAGGAUUCUCCACUGUUUGGAUCCUUCUGCCUUCUGAGAAGUUUUGUCACUUGCAUGAUCGUCCUCCCACCACACGGCUCAGAGAGGCAACCACUGCCACAUCCUUCCCUUACACCACUUACUGCCUCCUCACUACCUGGACUGCGAAGUUGGGAGACCAUGGGAUUCAGGAGAUUGCAGCAGAUGGGAUGAGGUCAGCCCCAUACAGGCUGGCAGCACUGUGCAGAGUAUGACUAGCCCUACUACUGCUUCUCAGGAGUCAGAAAAAGACCGCUGGAUGUCUAUUUGGAAGGAAACUGGAGGAAGGACAUACAGAGAGGAGGGAUCUGUGAGGGUGAAAAGAGCCCAGGCCUCACAGGAUGGCUUGGGCUGCCCAAAUCCUGGGAGCAUCUUGAUUGGGAUCUCAGUUUAGACUCGGCUCUAAUGUUAAGAUAUGCCAUAUAAUCUACUUGUCCAGCCCAGUGCCACUCCUUCAGCUUAGGGUGAGUGGCUGAUAACAAAUUUAUAGGUCUUCAUAACGUGAUAAGGAGUUGUUAUGGCUCCUCUAGACCUCAGAGGGUUUGAAGGCAGCAACCUGAAAACCACGUUUUGAGUCCUGCAAAGAACAACAAAGUGCAAGGAAAGACCCUGCCUCACUCAAGUCCCUUAAGCCUGCCCCAGCCCUGGGUCUGUACCCGCCUGUCCUGCUCCCCCGCCACACUGUCCCUGUUUCUCUGUGCCUGCCUGUGCCAAAACCCCAUACAUCAGAACUUUGGUUUACAGAGGGGACCGGAAAAGCUUUCCCGUGCCCAGCGCUGGCCUCUCCAGGUGUCAGCAAGCCUGGAGCUCUCAGAGCCCUGCACAAUUCCAAGAUCUGAGUCAUUUUUUGGCAGCGCGAGGCACUAACAGCUCUUACUAACCACAAACUGUGUGGGGUCCUGGGCGCUCAGGAAGAUGAAGCUGGUGGAACUGUGGCUGCUGAGAGGUCCCUAGUGGGCAUGAAUCCAAGCCAGCCCAGCCUGAGGAGCUGCAGGUAUGUCCCUUGAUUUCCAAUGCAAAAAUGAAACACCUCUCCUUGUGCUGAUGGUGUCAGAGGUUAUCAUAUCGUCUCUCAGCGGCGGUGGCAUUGUACUGAGUAAUUUAUUGCAAUGAUGGAGCCAAUCAUUUUCUGUAAAUUAUUUUGUAAAUCACAUUGAUUAUUUAUAAUUGGGAGAUUAAAUGCAAAAAAAAACCCUGUAAUAACCAGGCUGUCUUUUCCAACUGCAGCAACCUUUUUUCCUGUAUGUAGAGAUACUCUGUGGGGAAUUCUUUUUGGUCUGUUUGCGCCAAGCAUUCCUCGAUACUGUACAUAAAUUUUUGCUGGUUACUGCCUUCCAAUGGAAACAGAGGAAUAUUUCUUCACUAGAAUUUGUAUUCACUAAAGAAAAAAAAAAGAAAUAA